AUGGGUUUGGUCAACAUAAUCAGCAUUGUUUGCAUCUUAACCCUUCUCACUUCAAGCCAAGCCAGAAUACCCGGUGUCUAUAGUGGCGGAGCAUGGCAAAACGCUCAUGCCACUUUCUACGGUGGCAGCGACGCCUCUGGAACAAUGGGAGGAGCAUGUGGGUAUGGAAACUUGUACAGCCAAGGGUACGGCGUGAACACAGCAGCGCUUAGCACUGCACUGUUCAACAAUGGGUUAAGCUGCGGAGCAUGCUUUGAGAUCAAAUGCGCCGAUGACCCUAAUUGGUGCCACGCCGGAAGCCCUUCCAUUCUCGUCACAGCCACCAACUUUUGCCCUCCAAAUUACGCUCUUCCCAGCGACAAUGGUGGCUGGUGCAACCCUCCUAGGCCUCACUUCGACCUCGCCAUGCCCAUGUUUCUUAAAAUCGCCGAAUACCGCGCCGGCAUUGUCCCCGUCUCUUACCGCCGAGUGCCCUGCAGGAAACAGGGAGGGAUCAGGUUCACAAUAAACGGCUUUCGCUACUUUAACUUGGUUUUGAUCACCAACGUUGCGGGUGCUGGGGAUGUCGUGUGGACGAGCGUGAAAGGGUCAAGGACUGGGUGGAUGAGCAUGAGCCGCAACUGGGGUCAGAACUGGCAGUCAAACGCUGUUCUGGUUGGUCAGUCACUGUCCUUCAGGGUCACAGCCAGUGACCGGCGCACCUCCACCUCUUUGAAUAUUGUGCCCUCUAAUUGGCAAUUUGGUCAAACCUUCACCGGCAAGAAUUUCAGGGUCUAGUAGUGAUGAUAGUUACUAGUGAAACCUUUUUUCACUUUUUUUUUUUUUUUUGUCUUAAGUUU